AUGGGACCGGUAGCCGGUUUGCUGUUGGCAGGACUGGUCUCCGUGGCUCUGGCCAAGCCUGGAAUCCUCUCAGCGCCUCUGAUCGCCACAUUGACACCAGCCGCACCAGUUGGACCCGAUGGCCGUGUUCUGGACACGCCGGAAGUCGCUGUGGCCAGAGCUGAACACGCGGCUGCUCAGUUGAACGAGAGAUUGAAGCUGGCCGACGAGGCUGUUAGAUCUUCGGGAAGUUUGCAGCCGAUCGUGAAUCGAUCGCAGCAAUCUUCUAUCGUUGUGGCUGGACCGGGUGUCCUGGUAUCUGGUGCGCCAAUUGGACCGGAUGGUAGAGUCGUCGACACGCCGGAAGUUGCUGUGGCCAAGGCUGUCCACGCUGCUGCACAGGCUCACGAGAGGGUGAAUCUGGCGAACGAAGCUGCAAGGUCCAUCGCUGCGGAUUUGACAAGACCGCUCGUGCCACUGGUGGCGAACGGAUUAGUGGCUGCAUCGGUGGUCCCAGCAGCGACUGUCGGCCCAGACGGAAGAAUACAAGACACGCCGGAAGUGGCUGCAGCGAAAGCGGCCCACGCAGCCGCUCAGCUCAACGAGAGGAUCAACUUAGCCAACGAAGCAGCCAGAUCAUCGGCGACGCUGGUUGCAGCCGCUCCAGCAACAGUAACCGUCCCAUUGGUGGCCAGCAACGCCGUGGUGGUCCCUGGUGCACCGAUCGGUCCCGACGGAAGGGUACAGGACACGCCGGAAGUGGCAGUGGCGAAGGCUGCCCACGUGAACGCCCAUCUGAACGAGAAACUGAACCUGGCGAACGAGGCGGUCAAAUCUGCCGACGUUCUUGCUGUUGCUGGCCCUGCUCUCGCCUACGGACGGCUCGUCUAUUAA